AGCCGGGUGGGCUGAGGGGCGGCGGCUGCUUGGGAGCCGGGGAAGUUUGGGCGACCGUGGGCAGUGCUGCCAUCCGGAGCCAGGUUGAAGCCGGAGGACCAGGGGGCGGGCGUACCGGCUUACGGACGCCCCCAGGCCCGCUGCCACUGUGUCGCGUCCUCUCGCCUGGAAAAGUGUUUAAGCUUUUAAAAUGUCAUCUAUCAAGCACUUAGUUUAUGCUGUUAUUCGUUUCUUACGGGAACAAAGUCAGAUGGAUGCUUAUACUUCAGAUGAACAAGAAAGUUUGGAAGACAUUUAAAAAAGCCCUAGAAGAGGAGCCUCAGUUCUCGUACCAGCCUUACCAUAGUGUUGCAAUUCAGUGCUUGGAGACAGUUUUUAAAAUCAGCCCAGAAGAUACCCAUCUAGCAGUUUCACAGCCUUUGACAGAAAUGUUCACCAACUCCUUCUGUAAGAAUGACGUUUUGCCUCUCUCAAACUCAGUGCCUGAAGAUGUGGGAAAAGCUGACCAAUUAAAAGAUGAAGGCAAUAACCACAUGAAAGAGGAAAAUUAUGCUGCCGCCGUGGAUUGUUACACACAGGCAAUAGACCUGGAUCCAAAUAAUGCGGUUUAUUAUUGCAACAGGGCUGCUGCUCAGAGUAAAUUAGGUCACUACACGGAUGCAAUAAAGGACUGUGAGAAAGCAAUAGCAAUUGAUUCAAAAUACAGCAAGGCCUAUGGGAGAAUGGGAUUGGCCCUCACUGCCAUAAAUAAAUUUGAAGAAGCAGUUACAAGUUAUCAAAAGGCAUUAGAUCUUGACCCGGAGAAUGAUUCUUAUAAGUCAAAUCUGAAAAUAGCAGAACAGAAGUUAAGAGAGGUAUCUAGUCCUACAGGAACUGGAUUGAGCUUUGACAUGGCUAGCUUAAUAAAUAAUCCAGCCUUCAUUAGUAUGGCAGCAAGUUUAAUGCAGAAUCCUCAAGUCCAGCAGCUAAUGUCAGGAAUGAUGACAAAUGCUAUUGGGGGACCUGCUGCUGGAGUUGGGGGACUAACUGACCUGUCUAGCCUCAUCCAAGCGGGACAGCAGUUUGCUCAGCAGAUACAGCAACAGAAUCCUGAACUCAUAGAGCAACUUAGAAAUCAUAUCCGGAGCAGAUCAUUCAGCAGCAGUACUGAAGAACAUUCGUGACUUGACCAGGGACCCUGGCCCAGAGCACAAAUGAUUAUGACUCUUAAGUGUUUGCUGUAGAUAGUGGCCAAAA